CAUCAUGCAGUGUCACCGAUCACACACCCGUGGUUAUUGUGAGUGUAUCCAGACCCUCUGAUACUUCCUGCCCUAUUUAUUACAAUGAUGAUCUCGGUGUUUUUAUUGUUUUUGGUUGGGGUUUAUGCAGCGACACCACAGAUACAGCAACCAAAUGACCAGAUUCCAAUCAUUCGAUUCGAAUCGGAGGGACCGAAUGUAGACGGUUCUUAUAAAUGGCUAUAUGAGACGGGUAAUGAAAUUAAUGCUGAGGAGUCCGGUUAUGUUAAGAAUUUUGGUAAAGGAGAAGGUGAGGAGGUACAGGUUGCAGAAGGAAAGUUCAGCUACAAAUCUCCAGAGGGCGAUUUAAUCGCACUCACGUAUAUUGCCGAUGAGAAUGGUUUUCAGCCACAGGGUGAACAUCUACCAACUCCGCCACCCAUUCCACCAGCCAUACAAAAAGCCCUAGAUUACUUGAAGACUUUACCACCUAGUGCUGUGGGAUCUGCUACUAAUAUUCAACCACAAUAUCAAGCUUCUCCUUUCAAACCUAGAGGAAGAUUUUAAUUCAUAAUUAAAUAAAAGUAAUGUCAGAUUUCUAGCCAUAUACCUAUGUAAAUUAUAAAAAAACAAUGCGUAUUGUGUUAGUGCAUAACAUGAAUAUUAUUAAUUUGUUAACAUCUAAAAAUUUAAAACACAAAGUGUUGACAGUAAUAUAAUUUGAUACUUCUUAUAAAAUAUUUAUAAUAAAAUAAUAGAAAGUGAAAAAUAUAUUUAGGAUACUAAAUAAUUUGAUGUGCAUUUAAACUAUACGAUUAGGCUAAAUUGAAUAUUAUUAUUAAUUUAUAAUUAUAUCAGAGAAAAGUGUGAAAUAGGGUAUAACUUUUAAUAAACUUAUUCAUUAGUUAAGU